AGAUGAAAUUUGUUUUGCUUCUCUGCUAAAACACUUGUGAUAAAUAGAUAUCCAGUUUUUUUCUAACUUUUAUCCUAAUAUGACAAAGAAGGAGGACCAGAGGAGAGACCCGAGCACAGCGAGUCAAACAAAAAACACUUCUGUUACACCUAGUAGUUCUGGGGUCGGGUUAAGUGGAGUAGUUUUAGGAGCAGUUUUAUCCAUCACAGCUCAUCUUAUAUAUAGAAAUUACUUUUCUAUGGCUGACAGAACAGAUGCAAAAUCCCCAGAAAUAUUUAGAGGAAUGAAUGGGCUCAAGGAUGAAUAUGAUCUAAUAAUAAUUGGAGCUGGUUUAUCCGGGGCUGUUAUUGCAGAGCAAGCUUCUUCUAGACUAGGUCUGAAGUCUUUAAUUCUUGAGAAACGAAAUCAUAUUGGUGGAAAUUGUUAUGAUUAUAUUGAUCAGCAUGGAAUACGGAUCUCGUUGUAUGGAGUGCAUAUAUUCCACACCAAGUAUCCCAGGGUAGAGGAGUACGUGACCAAGUUCUCCUCCUGGGUGCCCUACCAACACAGGGUCCUCGGGGAGGUCAAGGAUGAGAAUGGUACUACCAGGGUGGUCCCUAUUCCUCCUAACCUGGACACCGUGAACAUCCUGUUCAACACCAACCUUGAGACUGAACAGGAUAUGAAGGACUGGUUGGAUCAAAGAAGACCUAAGUUGUCUGCCCCUCCAGCUGACGGGGAAGAAAUGUCAAUAUCCAGGGUCGGACAGGAUCUCUAUGAGAAAAUAUUUAAACCAUACACAAAGAAACAGUGGGAUAAAUGGCCCAAAGAGCUGGAUGCGUCAGUGCUAGCCAGACUUCCGGUCAGGACCACUAAAGAUGACCGAUAUUUCGAUGAUCUUUUUCAAGCUCUACCAAAAGAUGGAUACACAAAAAUGUUUGAGAAUAUGAUUUUAAACAACCCGGAUAUAACAGUGCGUGUUAAUGUUGAUUACUUUGACGUGAAGGAUUUCCUUCCUAAACAUGAACUCCUAGUAUUUACUGGACCCAUUGAUGCUUUUUAUGCUAGCAAAGGACUAGACAAACUAGAAUAUAGAUCUAUUUUCUGGGAAACUGAAUAUAUUGAACCCAAAUCUGGAUUUUACCAAGACGCCUGGGUAGUAAACCAUCCAGACAUGUCCGUAGGUUGGACCCGUAUAUCUGAAUACAAACACUCACCUAAUCAACCGAAAGGAACCAAAGAUUUACCCGGAACUGUUAUAUACAAGGUAUUGCAAGAAUGA